CAUAGAAAGCCGAAAACACAAAGAUCAAAAAGGCUUCACUCUACCGCUAAAUAGCCAUGACCGUGGUGACGCGAAAGAGACGGCGCAUGAUGCUUGAAGCCAUGACGGCGACGCCACCGAGCGACAUGGUGGUUCUUCCGGAGGAUCUGAUGAUCGAAAUCCUCUCUAGGGUUGAGGUGAGCAAUCCGUUGCAAUUGGGGUGCGUGUGCAAGUGGUGGAAAUCCUUGUUGGUGGAUCCUCAAUUUGUGAAGAACCAUAUCCAUAGAUCAUUCACGGACAUCACGGAUCUGGCAUCGAAGGCCAUGGAAGACAUGAACGCUUUUGAGUUGCAGCUGAUUUAUGCCCCCGAUGAGGAAGAGACACAUUUUACGAACGAGGUUGCUUUGUUGGAUAAUCUGUUGGGAGUUGUUCGGUCUCUCAAAGGUGGCUUGGAAACUAUUAAGCUUGAUGUUCAAGCCAUCAAGGAUAGAAUGAAGUGCCUCCAAAAUUUUCUUGAAAUUUAUCUCAAGACAGCAUCAAAAAAUUACAAUUCUUUGUGAUUUUUAACUUUUCCAAAUGUGACCAUGGUUUCGUUUAUCUUUUUUUCUUUCUUUUUUUUUUAAACAUUGUAACUGCUGAUUGCGUUUUUUUAAGUUAAUUUGAAAUCAUAAUGAAGGGAUGUUGGAGUAAAUUAAUUAGUGAUAUUGAUGCCAUUGUUAAUAUUCACAGAUGGGUCACAUGAUUGUAAAUGAAUGGGUUAGAUGAUGAUUGUGAUUUAGAUCUUUAUUUGUGCUCUUAUUAGUUGAUCCUGUACAACUGAACAAGUCACAGGUAUGCUUCCUAACCUGAUAGCAUUGUCUUCUUGUUGCGGAGCAACAGAGCUAUUCUUGGCUUCUUGCUAUAGUUUAAUGUGAAUUGUAAAUUG